GAGUCUUACUCUGUCGCCCAGGCUGAAGUGCACGAUCUCAGCUCACUGGCGCGAUCUCAGUUCACGGUAACCUCUGCCCUGCCCCAGGUUCAAGCGAUUCUCGUGCCUCAGCCUCCCAAGUAGUUGUUACUACAGGCGUGCACCACCACGUCCAGCUAAUUUUUGUAUUUUUAGUAGAGACGAGGUUUUGACGUGUUGGCCAGGCUGGUCUCGAACUCCUGAUCUCAAGUGAUCCUCCUGCCUAGGCCUCCCAAAGUGACAGGUGUGAGCCACUGCAUCCGGCCACAUUUGCUUUGCAUUCUAGUUAUUUGUAUGUGUGUUUUCUCUCUCCUUCCAGACUGGGGUCCCCUUAAAGGCAGAGUGAAUCUCAGAUUCAUCUUAGUCCCUUCCUGGGGUCUUGUUCAGGACCCUGCAUCCAGUAGAUGCUCAACAAAUGUCAACAUAGGAAUCCAGGUCCCAUCCUCUCCUCACUCAAGGGAUCCAAGGCUGCCUCUUCCUCUUCCGUAGCGGUGUGGCUUUGCGGAAGUCACUUAAGCUCUCUAAUCCUCCUCCUCAGAGUGCCAGACUGCAGCUGCCACAUGAAGAGGUAAGACUCAGACAGGCUAGGUGCCAGGUCACCCCCCAGUUCCCUAGACCUUUCAGAUGGCAGUGGCUGGCUAUUCAGGUCAGACCAGUUGCUGUGCUGGACGCUUCAGCUUUGUUAUCUCCCCCAGUCUUCUCAGAGACCCUUUGAGGUGGGCACUGUUGCCAUCCCCAGCCUUGCAAACAGGGAAACCCACGCAUGUGACAAUGAGCUCCCUUGCCUGAGGUCACCUUGGUUGGCAAAGGUGUCUGAGCCUACAGCCCUGCUUUGAAGUGACUUGGGGCAGGGAUGAGCAGCUUCAGGGGGUUUUCUUGUCCACCCUGUAAGACUCUUCAAGGCUCAGAGAUCAUUUGCUCCAAUUUUCUCAUUUCUUUUCCUUUUUUUUGAACAGGGUUUCGCUCUGUUGCCCACUUUGGAGUGUAGUAGGGCGAUCAUGGCUCACUACAGCCUCAACCUUCUGGGCUGAAGUGAUCCUCCCACUUGAGUAGCUACCCCGUGAGUAGCUGAGACCACAGGUGCAAGCCAACACACCCAGCUAAUUUUUUUUUUUUUUUUUUUUUUUUAGAGAUAGGGUCUCCUAUGUUUCCUAGGCCUGUCUUGAACUCCCGGGCUCAAGCGAUUCUCCUGCCUCAGCCUCCCAACAUGCUGGAUCACAGGCAGUAGCCACCUCGCCUGGCCAGUGUUCCCUUUACAAAAACUAGAAUGCUGAGCCCAGCCACAUCAGUCUUGGCUGGACUCACUGCCCACCUCUGGGACCUUGGUGGUGGGGCGGGAAGGAGGACCUCAAAGGCUCAGCGAGUCCACCCCCAGCCCAGCCACCAGAGCCAGCCUCCUCCUCCGCAACACCCAGGCUCUUAUCAGGAAAGGAUUUGGGUUGGUGGGGAGGGCGGGGGGGAAGUCGGAGGCCCCAGGCUCGGCAAGGUGGGUCGGAGAGAUAGGGAAGUGGGGAGGGGGCUGCGGGCCCCUGCUGGGCGGGGGAGAGCAAUGGGAGGGAAGCCCAGAAUGGGCACUUUCGGGGACUUUGGCCAAGCUCUGUCCUCACUGGCCUGGCCCUCAACAUGUUUCCAGGACUUCUGCCUCCCAUCCUUGCCAGGCAAGUUGCCUGCACCUUUAAUUAGCAAGCAGCAGUUUCUCUCCAAUUCAUCACGGUCGCUGUUUAAUUAG